AUGGAGAGCGUGACGGUGGUUACGGUGAAGGCAAUCGAAGCAACCCCGUCAACCUUCCAAGAUUACGGCCAGGUCAUUGAGGCUUUACAGAACGGCGAGGGGUUCGGUUCCCAUGACGCUCAACUUGAUCUCAGCAAAGGAAUUCCCAGGUUCUACAUCAUGCAUCUUGAAAAUCGGCCACUUAAGUUUUCUAAUAUCACACAUCAUGCAAGUGUUACUCAAUGCCUUGGGUCCAUUGGUGGUAAUGUUUGGUAUCUUGGUGUGGCUAAGCCAUCCAUUGUUGAUUCAAAUGAAAUCAAGGACGAUAUAGACAAGAAAAUCGUGCAAUCACGCAGUGGCCAUUCUUAUGUGCCUCCUGCCGUUGAGGAUGUCCAAGUUUUCAAGAUUUCAGGUUCCAAAUUUCUUAAGCUUAAUCGUGGGACAUGGCAUGCCGGUCCUAUAUUUAAGUCUGAUACUAUGGACUUUUACAAUCUAGAAUUGAGCAAUACAAAUGUAAUUGAUCAUACAACACACAACUUUAAGGACAAUGGAGUGGUUUUUUCAAUUGAUGACUAG